AUGCCGACGCCAGUGAAACGGAAGCGGGCCAGUAAGCCGAAAGUGCGGACGGGCUGUAUCACCUGCAAGUGCAUCAGUACGGGACGAAAAUGCGACGGCUAUUCUUCGCAGACGGCGCCAUCCAGCAUCUCCCAGCCGCUCUUGACCGUCACGACUGCCAAGUCGAGUACGGAGUCACGCGCGCUGGAGUUUUUCUUUCACAAGUCGUCCUCCCAGCUGGCCGGGUUCUUUGAAGGCUCGUUCUGGAAGGUCUCUGUCCUCCAACUCAGUCUUGUGGAACCCGCCAUUCGCCAAGCCAUCGCUGCAAUAGGCUCGUUGCAUGAGCACAAAGGAGGCAGUAGACUGCUCCCCUCGUUUAAUGCCGCAGGGGGCGAUCCACAUCCGGCCGUCCAGCUGUAUACCCGGGCGCUGCGCUCGACGAUCGAGAAAAGCGCCGCCGAUACAGGCGCGAUCCCCGUGGUCGUGAUGGCGAGCAUUCUGUUCACGGCCUUUGAGUUCCUUCGGGGCAACGCGUCCGCCGCAGCGUCGCAUAUCUCGAACGGCAUUAAUCUCUUGUGGGCAUGGCGUGAGAAGACCGGCGGUCGGCCGAAGGUGCCGUGGGGCCAGGGGUAUUCGUCGUUCCAGUCGCACUUCGUGGAAACGGAAUUGGCCCCGAUCCUGAGCCUCUUCAACCUCAACAGUUCCGAGUUCCAUCCCGGCACGCGCCGAAAGGUCUUGCUGAACCCGGUUGAUACCGGACUGCUCAUUCUAACGGACAGAUUCGAAAGCCUCCGCGAAACGCGCGACCGCUGGAAAACGAACUUCGAUGACCUGGUUCGACGGCAGGGCUCCACGUGGAACAAGAACGAGCAGGAUGCGGCCGAAGUCCUCCGUCUGAUGUGGUACUCGACCGUGAUGGGAACGACGACGUACCGCGUGGGCUGCGAGUGCGCUUGGGACGAGCACCGAGCGGACUUCGAGGAGAUUGUCCGCAUCGGCGAGAAGAUCGUGUCGGACCCCGACCGCUACCCAGAUGAGCUAUCGAAAACCCUCUGUCUCGAUUUCGCGUGUCUGGAUCCGCACGAGGUCGCUGUCACCGAGGAUGCGUCCGUCGUCCCCGAGCAUGCCCGCGUGCAUGAUUUCUAUACGGAACAGACAUCCACGAAGGCCAACGGAUACACCCUUCAUAAACUGACAAUGUUGACCAAGCCGGAUGGCCUGGAGGGAGGGUGGCAUUCCACAACGGAAGACCUGUGGUUGCCCACGCCGCCCCAAGACGGCGACGCAGUUUCACCCUUCAACCUGUUCUGUUGCAAAGAUUGGGCGAAGGCUGAGCUAUCCAACACUCAGACCGUGAACAUGGUGACAAAUGCUGUGCUGGGACCUCAAGAGUCACCGGGAACACGAUCUGACGAUUCCUUCAACGGGAAACGCUCAAUCCUUAUGGCACCGAUCUUAAAACCGACCUCCGCGACCGGGUGGCUUGCCCGCAACCGAUAG